UCUUGCAGCUCCUGCGGCUCCUGCGGCUCCUGCAGCUCUUGCAGCUCCUGCAGCUCCUGCGGCUCCUGCAGCUCCAACCAUGACCGAAGGGACGUGUCUUCGCCGAAGAGGCGGGCCCUAUAAGACGGACCCGGCCACCGACCUGACCCGCUGGCGGCUCACCAACGAAGACGGGAGGCAGAGGUGGAAUUACCGUCCGGAAGGCGGAGAGGCCGGACGAGCACAGAAUGGGUUGGAGGCCCAUUCUCUAGGACUGGACACGAGUGAAUUCUUCGAGGAUUUACCCCAGGCGCGGACAGCCCGGGCGGGAGCUCUGAAUGGGAUGCAGUUUUACUCGAAGCUGCAGGCGGAGGACGGUCACUGGGCCGGGGAUUACGGAGGACCUCUCUUCUUGCUGCCAGGUCUCCUCAUCACGUGCCACGUGGCUAACAUCUCGCUGCCGGCUGGGUACAGGGAAGAGAUGAUUCGAUACCUCCGGUCCGUGCAGCUCCCGGACGGCGGCUGGGGCUUGCAUGUCGAGGACAAGUCUACGGUGUUCGGGACAGCCUUGAGCUACACCUCCCUGAGAAUCCUGGGGGUCGGCCCCGACGAUCCGGAUUUGGUCCGAGCGAGAAACAACCUUCACGGCAAAGGAGGUGCCGUCGGUAUCCCUUCGUGGGGUAAAUUCUGGUUGGCCAUCCUGAACGUUUACAGCUGGGAAGGAUUGAACACCCUCUUUCCUGAAAUGUGGCUGUUUCCCGACUGGGCCCCCGCCCACCCCUCAACGCUGUGGUGUCACUGUCGGCAGGUCUAUCUCCCCAUGAGCUACUGCUACGCAACGCGGCUAGCUGCCAAAGAAGAUGAACUGGUUCAGAGUCUCCGACAGGAACUCUACAUCCAGGACUAUUCCAGCAUCGAUUGGCCAGCCCAGAGAAAUAACAUAGCAUCCUGUGAUAAGUACACACCGCACAGCUGGCUGCUUACGGUCGUUUAUGCGAUACUUAACCUGUACGAAACCCACCACAUUUCCAGUUUGAGGAAGCGAGCCAUCGUCAAGCUGUAUGACCACAUCCGGGCCGACGACAGGUUCACCAAGUGCAUCAGCAUCGGCCCGAUUUCUAAGACCAUUAACAUGCUGGUCCGAUGGUACGUGGACGGGUCAACUUCGUCGGUGUUCCAAGAACACGUCUCCAGGAUUCCAGAUUACCUGUGGCUGGGGCUCGAUGGCAUGAAGAUGCAGGGCACCAAUGGCUCCCAGCUCUGGGAUACGGCAUUUGCCAUCCAAGCUUUCCUUGAGGCCGGUGCUCAAGACAGACCGGAACUCUUUUCUUGUCUGAAGCUUGCACAUGACUAUCUUAGAAUUUCCCAGGUCCCAGAUAACCCUCCCGAUUACCAGAAGUACUAUCGCCAGAUGAACAAGGGCGGAUUCCCCUUCAGCACCCGGGACUGUGGCUGGAUCGUUGCGGACUGCACGGCCGAGGGCCUGAAGGCCGCCAUGUUGCUGCAGGAGAAGUGUCCUUUCGUCACCGACCACAUUCCCAAGGAGAGACUGUGUGACGCCGUCGACGUGCUGCUGAGCAUGAGGAAUUCCGACGGAGGAUUUGCCACCUAUGAGACCAAGCGUGGGGGUCGGCUGCUGGAGCUCCUAAACCCCUCGGAGGUAUUUGGGGACAUCAUGAUAGACUACACCUACGUGGAGUGCACGUCGGCGGUAAUGCAGGCCCUGAAGCAUUUCCACCGGCAGUUCCCCGAGCAUCGAGCCCAGGAGAUCGGGGAAACUCUUCAGGAAGGAUUGAAUUAUUGCCGACAAGUACAGAGGACCGACGGAUCUUGGGAAGGCUCCUGGGGUGUCUGCUUCACCUACGGAACCUGGUUUGGGCUGGAAGCCUUCGCCUGCAUGCGGCAAACCUACAGUGGUGGGGCCGCCUGCGAGGAGGUGAGCCAGGCCUGCGACUUCCUGCUGUCCACUCAGAUGGAGGACGGGGGCUGGGGAGAGGAUUUUGAGUCCUGCGAGCAGCGGCGAUACGUGCGGAGUGCCAAAUCCCAGAUCCACAACACCUGCUGGGCCCUGUUAGGCCUCAUGGCCGUCAGGUAUCCUGAUGUUGGAGUUCUGGAAAGGGGCAUCAAAUGUUUGCUUGACAAACAGCUACCCAACGGUGACUGGCCCCAGGAGAACAUCUCUGGCGUAUUCAAUAAGUCCUGUGCUAUCAGCUACACCUCGUAUAGGAAUAUCUUUCCCAUCUGGACCUUGGGGCGGUUUGCACACCUUCAUCCCGAAAGCCCUCUCUCGGGCAAACCGGUGAUGUGAAGAAUCAGCAGACGAGAUCUUGGCCGAGGCCACUGUUCCCGGCGCCCUAAAAACCCAGAAGCAUCAAGGGAAAUACUCCGCUUGCCAGAUAGAUUUUUUUGGCCAGCGGAUAGGGAUAGAAGAUACAUUCAGGGUCAAGGGUGUUGGUCCUUAAAAUUAGCUUUUCCAUCAGUGGUCCAUGUGUAGGCCCUUAGCCAGCUCAUAGUUAACACUGAUUUUUGCUUUAUUCCGUGGUGGUACGGAACCGUACCGUGCGUUAAGACGGAUCACUGUGGUGUGGUUAAUCUGUGAUAAACAGAGCCUCUCUCUUGAAAAUUCAGCUGUGUUGGGAGACUAGAGUGUUUGGUUUUGUUUUCACAUCCCGGGCUGGAAAAAGUAGAGGAGGCUAAGUUACAAGGCCUCUGUUUUUCCUUUCUUUGGUUUUGAAAUAGGGAGUACGUGUCUCUCCUCACCUCCCACUCCUUUCUUUACUUCCUCCUGGGUUUUCACUCCCGACCCUAAAGGCUUAGAUUUUGCCCGAGACACUGAGGGCGACAGCAAGCGAUAAUGGUAGCUCCGGGGAGAAUUUUUUUCUUCCCUCUUCCUCAAGUUUGAUUCCCCUUCCUUUGUUCUUUUGCGGUGAACACUGGAGAGAGCUCCCAGGAGCUCCAGUGAAAGGGGUAAUUCACCCAUAAACAUAUGAGUGUCUGCAAGAGACAUCAAGGCACCUAACGGGAAUGGGGCGGGGUGCAGUUCCUCCCCGAUCUGUGGCACUGAGGGAUUCCCGAAAGGCAUUGUCAGAGGGAUGGUCUGGACAAUCUGGCCCUGCCUCCUGAGGUAUUUCUCAGGUGAUAACACAAAGUGGACACCCUUCUAGAAUUCACUUUCUCUUUCCCCUUCCUGUAGCCCUAUUUAAUGCCGCGGUAGGGAUCCCUUCUCUUGGCAGCCACGCUGCAUCCUGCACCUCUAAGUUUAGACUUCUUUGAUCGAUGGUUCUGCGGCCCAGGAGACAAAAUAAAGGACUAAGGACUAAGGA